GGCCGACAAUAUACCGAAACUGCAAUUUUUUUCAUGGUCAUGAUUGAAACAAUGUGUAAUCUGGCGGCAAAUCCCGCCCCCGAACGGUGGUUGGCGGCUGGAUUUCAGGGCAUACAGUAACGGAUAGACGUCAGAGCUGAUACUGUGGCAGGGCUCCAAUGGCGAGGGCGGCGUGGAGACGGCGCCAAAACGUCUUCCCGGAGCACUCCGGGGACCAAACGUACCCCGGACCUGACGUCGUUUGCCUGAUGCUGCAACAAUCGAGACUAUGGCGACCCAACGGCCACACGUUGUAAUGAGUGUUUAGUGAGAGCUCGGUUAGUGGCCAAUUUAGCGAAAUUGGAAAUUAACAACACAAAAAAACGCAAUGGGGGGCGGCUGGAAUGUACAACAUGAUCAGUUUGGGGUUCCGGUCAAAAAAGGCAGCGAAGGGGCAGAUGACGUCAGCUCACCGGAAAGUAUGCCGGAUUAUGAUCCACCUCCUUUGAGACAAAUCGACAAGUAUAUCCGGCCAGAAUGUCCGUGUCUGUCCAAGAGGGCCACUGUUGCGCUUUUUAGUUGUCUAGGUUUUAUCAUUAUGUUCGGAAUGAGGACCAGCAUGGGGGUUGUCAAACUUCAGUUUCAGAAUGAGACGUCGACUGCCGGAGUGGACGCUGCGAUUUUCUGGGGUUACUUCAUCACCCAAAUUCCGGGUGGUCUAAUCGCUGCGGCUUACCCCGCCAAUAAGCUUUUCGGCUUAGCUAUCGGCACAUCCUCAUUUCUAAAUUUAUUUGUUCCCGCCAUUUACUUUCACCCAAAUUUGCUCAUCAUCGUAAAGGUGAUGCAAGGUUUAGUGGAGGGAGUCACAUAUCCAGCCUGUCACGGUAUCAUGCGGUUUUGGGCGCCUCCUCUCGAACGUUCUCGUUUAGCAACUUUAGCAUUUAGCGGCUGUUAUGCAGGGGUGAUGUUUUCGAUGCCUAUAUCAAGCGAAUUAGUGAAACGUUUAGGCCCUUUAUCUCCCUUUUAUUUCUACGGCAUUUUUGGGUUAAUAUGGUACAUGGCAUGGUUGUGGUUGGUGUUUGAAAAACCCUCGUACCAUCCAGUCAUCGAUCCGAAGGAACUCUACUACAUUGAAAAUUCCUUAGGGAGCACCAACCAAAACUAUGUCACUCCCAACAUCUCCAACACUCCCUGGAAGACGUUUUUUACUUCGCUGCCUUGCUACGCUAUAUUUGUAGCGAAUUUUUGCAGAUCUUGGAAUUUUUACCUCCUGGUCUUGUUCCAAGUUAUGUACUUUAAGGACGCUUACGGAGUCGAUAUCGAAGAGAAUGGCUUCAUGGGGGCUCUUCCCCACUUACUAAUGACAAUAAUCGUCCCUGGUGGAGGCAUUCUCGCCGAUCGUCUUCGCAAGAAGGGAAUUCUAAACACCACCCAAGUGAGAAAACUCUUCAACUGCGGUGGUUUCGGCAUGGAGGCCACUUUCUUCCUAAUUAUGGCCUAUUCGGACACUGUAAUGCAGGGUAUGACAGCGUUGACGAUCGGCGUAGCUUUUAGCGGCUUUGCCAUUUCUGGGUUCAACGUCAACCACUUGGAUAUCGCCCCACGGUAUGCCAGCAUCCUGAUGGGUAUUUCGAACGGGAUUGGAACCAUCGCUGGGUGUAUUUGUCCCUACGUCGUUCAUUUAGUCAUCGACGGAAAUCGGACUCGCGAGCAAUGGCGAUACGUUUUCAUCUUUUCGGCCAUGAUCCACUACGCAGGCAUUAUUUUUUACGGAGUUUUCGCUUCCGGAGAGCUUCAAGACUGGGCCGAUCCGCGUGUUGAGGAAGAAAAGCAAUGGAAUCAACUGAAUGAAGCAGUUCCAGUGAAAGCACCGAAUCAAAAUAAUGGUCUGCUGCAACGUCAAUUGAGCGGAAAAAAUAACUACGGAUCUGUGGAUACACCAGCACCGCCACGGCCCCAACCCCCACAACAACCGUCCCCAGCGGUGCCCUUCGUACCUAGCGGAAACCCCUUUUUAUCGGGGAGUAACCCAUUUAGGCAAGAACAGGUACAACCAGAAGCUCAGGACACUUAUAUGCACGGUACCGUUUUUGAUCGCACUUAUUAAGGUAGAAAGUAGAAUGAUCGUCAAAACUUUUUUAAGGAUUCAAUUUGUUUGGUUGAUUACAAUAAUCCCAUUUCAACGACUAGGUGAACAAAUAGGUGAUAAAAAACAGUUUCUUAUUUUUGACAGUUAUUUAAAAAGGUGUCGGAGGAUAAUUUAGUAAUAGAAUAAUGUACAGAAAGCUAUCACUGAAACUGGAAAUUGUGAAAUAAAUUUUUGGAGAAUAUUUUGUAAAAACUGCAAUUGUUAGUCGAGGCACUUUUUUUAACAAACUUACCUACAUCUAGGUAGAUAGAAAAAUUUGUCAAUUUGUAUAGUACUUUGUUACCACUGAAAAUAACUAUAAAACGCAUUUAUCAUAGAUUAACUUGUUUCUUUAUCAGUAAAGAAAGAUUUAAUUAUUAAUUAAUUAAAGAGGAGAAACUACGAGGCAAAAAUAAUCUUGAUAUAUUUAGAACUAAACAGAUGAUUCGUGUUAUCACUAUAUUUUAUCCUGAAUUUCGGGAGGUUUUCAGAGAGGACUACGACUUGGCUCACAUUUAUCGCUUUGUGUGCAACGUGAAAAAUAGUCUUUUAUUACACAGUAGUUCCGCCGGUCUAUUUGCAAAACUCCCAAUUCUCUCUUGAAAACUUCCCACUUGUAACAAGAUUCUGAAUCCAGGAUUGCGUUAUGUUGUAAAUAAUCAUGUCUAUAAUUCCAUUUUGUUUCAUUUCAUCAUGCAUUAUAUAGAAUGUUAAGUAUUUGAGGAAACUUACCCUCAAGGCUGUGUUGACAAUAAUACGGUGGGGUCUCGCACCCCACCACAAAUCGUUGAUAAUAAUGGCGAUAAUAAUUAGUUAUACUGAAUGAAUGUGCGAGCUGGUAUACAAAAGGAGUGAAGCUACAUAACGGCACAAAGCAGUAACGUGGGCGCGAAGUUAGACUAGAGUGUUGUUACUUUGUUUCGAAAAACUUGCCAGUUUUUGGAAAUGAUGUAAGGCUUUCUGUAACUUCUAAGUAGGUGUAGUAAGGAAAAAUUACAUUUGAUUAUAUAUUUUAUUUGCAGUGUUGUUUCAACACGACUCAUUUUGUCGCUAAAUUGUGAAAGACGUGUAUGAAAUCGUGUAAAAAUUAAAUGGGUGUUAGAUGUUUUCUAUGUUCCUUCUACUCCUUCACUGUCUCUCUCUAACUUGUCAAUAAUUGCGUAAAUGUAUAAAAAUGUAUUUCUUGUUUGCGAUUUUUUCGAGCGGUAUUGAACUGUGUUUAGUUCCGGAUGAGCAAUACCUGCUUCUAGGCUACAUUUACCGUUGUUUUUUCCAUUCUUACCAUUCUCGACGCGCAUUAAAUUCGCCAAAACUUGACCUUUGGGUGAAUUUCAUUCGCGCUGAGAGCAGUAGUGUAGAGGCAAUAAAUGAUGCAAAUAUUCAUGUUAAAUUUAGUGUUUUUAAAACCUUGCAUAUCUAUGUGUUUUAAUAGGACCUAAGUGAUAUACGGCGUAAAUUACUAACAAAUGCAUGCUACAGACAAUAUCAAAUAAUAUAAUGUUGACAGUUCUUACAUUCGGUUGCGUUCUGUUCACUUAGUGAAGUUAUCAUCGAUGUGUUGAAUCUUUAAAAUGUGAUUGUUUACAGGUCUAUGUAAAAAUCAAAAAUGUAUAAUAAAUAAUUCUGUUACUGAGGCAA